AUGAGUGAAAACACUGAAGAAAUGCGCAUAGAUCCCGCCAGAGCGGCGACGCUCGUGUCACAGCUCUCAUCCGUCCAGCAGCGCAUCGCUGCCCUCAACGCCGGCCGCAAUGUCCGCCUUGUGGCCGUCUCCAAGCUCAAGCCCGCGAAUGACAUUCUCGCCCUGCACGAAGCGCCGGCGCACCACGCGCACUUUGGCGAAAACUAUGCCCAGGAGCUGAGCCAAAAGGCCGAGCUGCUUCCCCGAACCGUCCAGUGGCACUUUAUCGGCGGCCUGCAGUCGAGCCACUGCAAAUCGCUCGCCCGCAUUCCCAACCUCUUUUGCGUCUCCAGCGUCGACACUCCGAAAAAGGCCCGCCUGCUCGACGCCGCCCGCGCCGUCCUUCGCGACGCCGAUCCCGCGGUGCCACCGCUCGGCGUCCACGUCCAGGUCAACACGUCGGGCGAGGACGCCAAGUCGGGCUGUGCGCCGGGCGACGAGACCGUCGCCCUGUGCAGGGAGAUUGCCGAGCACUGCGACAGCCUCAAGCUCCUCGGCCUCAUGACCAUUGGCGCCAUUGCCCGCAGCAAGGCCACUACGCCGGAGAACCGAAAUGAAGACUUUGUAGCGCUCAAGGAGCAGCGACGACUCGUUGCCGAGGCGCUCGGCGUCGAGCCCGAGAGCCUGGAGCUGAGCAUGGGCAUGAGCGAGGAUUUCGAGGGCGCCAUCGCCGAGGGGAGUGGCGAGGUUCGCGUCGGCAGUACCAUUUUUGGUCAGCGGCCGAAUAAAGCGGAUGCUCAGAUCCGUGUAUAA